CCACCAACAAAAGAAAUAUUGUUCAAUAUCUUGGUGUUGAACAUGACUUAAAUAAAAUUCUUCGAGAUGACGUUUCAAUUGCAGCCGGUGAGGAAUGUACACAAGAAACAGUAAAGACAGUUCAUACUAUUAGUGAAUUGUCAGAGAUGAUUAAACAACAAUCUUCCAAACUGCAAAGACCUAUUUUAGUGGAUUGGAAUAAAGGCAAAGAGAUUAUUGCUCGUCUUCCAGAAACAGUUGAAGGGUUUUUGAAAGAGUUGGGAU